AUGUCGUCCGCUUCCCAAUACUCCAACAUGAAGCCACUUCCCAUUGCCCCUGCAGACGAAGCUCCGCCGCCGUACGAAGAAAAACCCCGCACGAGUCCGGUACCACCACCGUCCCGAGGGAGUCCAGGGCCAGGGCCACGCCCAGCAGGACCGUCGUCGGGUCCGCAGGUGGUAGCCCGCCAGUUCCCGCCAUCAUUCAAUGUCUACUCGCAGAGUUUCAGCAGGACCAUGCUUCUCGGCGAGCAUCAGAGCCAGCCGUUUUAUGGCAUGUCGAUACACAGCGGGCUGAGCAGCUCGCCGCCCAUUGUGCUGCACUCUGGGCCGUCGGACAAGUUCCCGCCGCUGGCGUCAGUAGAGUACCAUAGUUUCAGCAGCAGAAUGAGCAUAACGCUGCCACCUGCGUUGAUACGUACACCAGGCGGCGGGCCCAUUGUCGAACUGGAAUCAAAAAGCGACUUCCCUUCGUGGAGCUACCUUUUCGCCAUAGGCGUUGGACCAAACUGCGAAAGAUUAGAGCACUUUGAGUGGAGGACAAGCUCUGGCGAAGCGAUCGCUGCGCUGGAUGGCCGAAGCAGGGGCUGGAAGCUCAUCAGGCUUGCUCAAUCAGUGCCCCAGAAUGCCGGACCAGGCGCCUUCAGGGGAGGUGAUGGAAAGGAAGUGGUUGCUGUCUGGACGGAUGCUGGCAUGAGUAUGACCAAGCUGGCCAAGUUUGCGUUCAUGGGCAGUGGGUUGACGGGUGAGCUGGGCGAACGGUGGGCAAUUAUGGCCGUCAUAUCUGGCUUGGCCAUCUUUGAGCGACAGAGACAGCGAAGGCGUAACAAUCACUAA